UUUCGGCCGGGGUCGCCGUCGGUACCGAGAUUCCACGGCAUUGGAUCUUUGGAUGAGCGUGAACAAGGCGGCAGUGGUGGCGGUAGGGAUGGAAAGGAAGCGGUCCAUGUCGGACGUCGACGAGAGCUUCUUUGACGCACAGGAAGGAGGAGACGGGGCAGUCCCAGUAGCGCCGUCCACGUUCGUCCAGUCGAAAUCCCUCGCAAAAGGGGACUCGCCUUUGUCAGCCAUCUUGGAACAGGAGUCGGUGCGGAAGGUGGAGCCGACGAUGAGUGCCUCGUCGUCAAUAGAAUAUCCACGCACGAGUAGCAGCGGCGACGAAGAAUCCGUUCGACCGGAGGAUGUCUUUGUCGUACGAAAUAAGGACACGGGCGAGGUGUUUGACAUCCGCGAACUGGACACGAAACCUGUCGACUGCUACACGAUGUUUCCGCAAAACUUUGAGCCGCAUCUUCGCGACAGCCUCAACGGCGACAGCAUUGCGAGGGACAGGGACAGCAGCAGCGGGUCGCUCGAGACGGACAAGAAACCAACCGACAAGCAGCAAGGCCGGUCCGCGUUGUCUGGGUUUCACUUUAAGCGAAAGGAAAAAGUCCCGCCACCCCCCGACGGCAAAACCUACGUUCAUGUGUCGUCGUCGUCCAAGAAAGACAAGCGCGAGUUUGAUUGUGUCGCGGAAAUGCAGACUCUCCGGCAGCACCACGGGACAAUCUGGACGAUGAAGUUUAGUCACGAUGGCGCGCGCUUGGUCUCUGGCGGUCAAGACGCCAUUCUUCGUGUGUGGAAGGUCGACGCGUGCGCCAAGCUCCCAUCGACACCACGAGGAAUCGAAGCAUCGCCGUCGACCGCCGGCACGUCCAUGCCAUCAAGUCAGCGGCCGCAUCUCUUGGAAGGCACUCCCGAGCAGAUGUACAACGGCCACACCAUGCCAAUUGUGGACGUAUCGUGGAGCCGCAGCAACUUUAUCUUGUCCGCAUCCAUGGAUAAGACCGUUCGCCUGUGGCACAUUUCGAAACCAGAUUGCUUGCACGUGUUUCAACACCCCGACAGCGUGCCGGCGGUGGAUUUUCACCCAAAGGACGAUCGGUUCUUCCUCUCUGGCUGUUUUGACAACAAGGCGCGCAUUUGGAACAUCCCGGACGGAUGCGUCGUGUCGUAUGUUCAGACGCCUGUCAUGAUCACAGCCGCGAGCUUCCAUCCGUCGGGGAAUCGCAUCGUUGCAGGUCUAUUGAACGGGCAAUGCAUCCUGUACCAAGUAAGCGCGCACCAAGCCAUGAACUACUACACACAGAUUGAAUGCCGCAAUGCGCGCGGCGCGACGCGGAAAGGACGGAAAGUCACCGGCAUCGAGUUCUCGCCGGAAGGAAAGUACUUUCUCGUGAGCACGAACGACUCGCGCAUGCGCCUUUUCAGCGUUGACAACUACUCCCGCGUGUGCAAGUACAAGGGCUUGGUCAACAAUUACCUUCAGAUCAAGGGCCGCUUCAGCCAGGAUGGCGACUACGUGAUCUGCGGGUCGGAAAACGCCCAAGUGUACAUCUGGAACAAGAGCGCGGCGCAUUCGAGCAGCAUGCUACUGGGGCACAAACAUGAUCGAAACAAUGCGUUCGAGUCGUUUAGUGCAUCCGACACGACGGGAGGAGUCGUGACAGUGGCGCUCUUUGCCCCUGCCAGCACGUACGCCCUGGUAAACCACGGGACAGAUCUCGUCGACAAAAGUGGGAGGGCUGCCGACGACGUCCACGGCAAGGCGUGCACGGGAUAUAUCGUCACGGCCAGCUAUAACGGAUGCAUCAAGGUCUACGAGCGGGUCACAAGGCAUGACGGCGUCCGCUAGUUGGAAAGCCGCCCGUGAGGCAGGCAUUCGUAGGGUCCCGUCGUCCUCGGCAUGUACAUCUUCUAAUGCAGCAUGUACACACGCAUACAAGUUGCUCA